UAUCUCACUAAUGCACAGGUACACACGCAUAUAUAUACUCUAAAUAGCCUGCUCCUACCUUCUCUAAUAACCCACAUCGCUCUUGCUCCAGUAUUACUCCAGACAGUUCAGGGCCAUCGACUAGCACUCGGCAAAGAUGGCUACCACGUUCGAAAUCCGUACCCGUGAAAUAGGUGGGGUUAAGGUACCCUCUCCCGGUUUCGGUGGGAUGAGUCUGAGUAACAUGUAUGGCUCUGCCAAUGAUGAAGAAAGCAAGGAAUUGCUCAGACAUGCAAUUAAGAUUGGUUUGACUUUUUGGGACACAGCUGAUGCAUAUGGAACGGGCCACAACGAAGAGCUUAUCGGAUCUGUUCUUGCGGAAGGAGACAACCGGUCCAAGGUCUUCCUCGCCACGAAGUUUGGUUUCGAAAUUGACCCAGUUACGGGGCAGUCCACUGGGAAGAUUAGAGGCGAUGCCGCUUACAUCCGUCAAGCCAUUGCAGCAUCCAUUAAGCGCCUCGGGACAACUCCAGACUUGUACUACCAGCAUCGUGUUGACCCUAAUGUGAGCUUGGAAGAGACUUAUGGAACACUCGAGGAAUUGCGCAAGGAGGGGAAGUUCAAAUUCAUUGGUAUUUCAGAACCUAGUGCAGAGACACUUAGAAAGGCGGCAAAGAUAACGAAGAUCGAUGCUCUUCAGAUUGAAUACUCACCAUGGACGACAGAUAUCGAGAGAAAUGGAAUACUGCAAGCUGCCAGAGAACUAGGGAUCCCUAUCGUAGCAUACUCUCCACUGGGUCGUGGGUUCUUGACUGGUCGGUAUAAAUCCACGGCAGACUUUGAGUCUAACGAUAGGCGUCUUGCACACCCGCGAUUCUCGCAAGAGAACUUCAAUCAGAAUAUUAAGAUCGUAGAAUUACUUAACGCUAUUGCCACCAAGAAGGGAAUCACGCCUGCCCAACUCGCUCUUGCCUGGGUUGCCGCACAAGGCAAUGAUAUCAUUCCAAUCCCAGGCACGAAAUCCAUCGCGAGGCUUGAAGAGAAUUGGAAAUCGCGCGAUGUGAAAUUCACAGAGCAGGAAUUGAAGGAACUACGACAGGUGAUUGAUGGACUUGAAGUUAGUGGUCAGAGAUACCCCGAUGCAAUGAUGAAGCAUAUUGGGAAAUGACCUGCCAGUGAGUAUUGGCAAUAUGAGAUUGCCGAAAUGUUGGUGAAUUCGAAAUCGUCCAGCAUAGUCGGUAAAGUGAAGAGAAUAUUUACGAAGGAUAGUGGAAUAGUUAACGGAAUAGUUCUGUAUCGUAGUUUUACCCGUGGAUGAAACAGGGUGUGUAAAGAUCAAUAAAUAUAUGUAUGUACAUGUCCCC